AUGGCGGACAUCCGCUUCACUUGCUCUGAGGCAUCGUUGCUGCUGGAGAAGCUGAGUAACUCCUGCAGAGAAUGGAGUAUAUCUCGAAAGGGCGAGCUGACCUGCCAAAUGCUUGAUUCACACAGUCUCGCCGAUCUCAAGUGCAUCGAGGAUGAGCUUUCUCAUACCCUCUCGGACGUUCGAAUGUCCAUUAAUGCACAGCGCCCUGUCAAUCGUCUUCCUGUCGAGAUUCUCAGCAAAAUCUUCCACCAAGUACCACCAUCGUUGACUCCCCGUGUGGCCCACGGCUGCAGCCUCAAGUACUACCUAGUCUGGGACUCCUUCUUCGACUUCAAGGAUACUGAUGCGCUGCUUCCACUGACGCAUGUGUGUCGCUGGUGGCGCGAUGUGGCAUUGGGCACACCCACUCUUUGGACAACCCUCUACGACUCCUCUCAUCCUGAUGCCAUCGGCGAGUAUCGUCUCCGCUCGCAAGGCGCGCCGUUGAAAGUGCUCAACAUUAAAAAUAAGAAUCUCGACGUGCAGCAGCUAUGGCGCACUGAUGGACAGCAUGUUCAGUCGCUCGCCUCGUAUACAGAGUGCGAUUUGGUCCUACCUACGUCCUACGCUCAAGGACUCCACGCCUUGGCGGCAUGGUACUGCCUGCUUCAAGGCGAUGUUUCUAACCUCAAAGCGCUUGCCCUACGCUCGGUGGAUUGGCACCUGCCUGGCACCCUCACCAAUCUCACGCACCUUUUCCUCGCCAACAAUCAGCUACACAUCGUAGACUUGUUUCGCAUCUUGUCGAUUGCGCCAAGACUAGAGGACCUGGGCCUAUGGGCAAUCAGUGCUAAGGAGACAUUCGACCCUCGUGAAGAUAUCCCUGCCGUGACCCUCAAGCAUCUUCGCCGUCUCGGGAUUUAUUGGCCAGACAGGAACAUUGCAUCCGGGUUCUUCUCGCACGUCGGUCUUCCUGCGCGCUUGGCGGUCAACUUCGAGUACUGCGAAGUGCCCGAUCUUCAAUGGCUAGUCCCUCUGACGCGGAAUGACGCAAAGUCUUUGUACAUUUCUGACGACUCGGUGAUCGCAGCUGGCCCCUCGAAAGCGCUGCGCUUUAAAUAUAAAGACGACUCGGGAGGAAUGAUCCAAUGGAUCGUGGCUCUACUGUCACAUUUUCAGUUGAAAGAUAUUUGGAUAGCAUAUUCUUACAACUGGUACGAGCUGAACGAGGCGGUCAUCAAACACACUCCAUGGGUGGAGACACUACACCUCGGGAUCGUCGACUUCACUACUAGUACCAUGACAGAAAGCCUCGGAAACAACCCUACCUAUUGGCCGAAGCUUACGAAAGUUAUACUAUCGCGGCCAGAUAAUCUCUUCGGGAUACUCAAACUUGCGAGGUCUCGAGUGCGUUUGGGCUGCCCUCUGGAGGAACUCGAAUUUCACGAAAGUCGAAGCAUAGUUUCUGAAGAGUAUUCAGAGGACCUAGAGAAUAUCAAAUCCCAUGUGGAAGUGGUACGGCUUAUCGAAGAUGGUCCAAUCGCACUACCAUUGCCAGAUAUAUGCCAGGAUGGUGUUCCCUCACCGUAUUUCUGGCCAAAGAAAUGGUCGGCGAUGCCAAACCGUUUAAUGCCUUGA